CAUUGUUCCGCCGGGGGAGGCCAGCGGGGCCUGGCGCCGGCGCCGAGACGCCGCUUAGCGGCCGCCACUGGAGACACUCCUCUCUCUCCCACCUCUCCUCCUGGUGGUGGCGGCGGCGGCGGCGUGAGGCUGACUGGGGCGGGGGGAACCCGGAGCCUCCUCUGCCCUUCCCGCGGCGGCAGCGGCCGAUCCCCGGCUCCAGCGCGAGGGGCGGCCGCGAUGCGUUGGGCCUGAGGCGACCCGGCCCUCGCUGCCUCCCUCGACUGUUGCACAGCCCCUCGGCGCCCCGGCGUCAUCCCGUGAGUCCUUCUGACGGGGAGGGAAGAUGGCUGCACGGAGCUGGCAGGAGGAGCUGGCCCAGCAGGCCGAAGAGGGUUCGGCCCGACUGCGGGAGAUGCUCUCGGCCGGCCUGGGCUUCCUGCGCACCGAACUGGGCCUCGACCUGGGACUGGAGCCGAAGCGGUACCCAGGCUGGGUGAUCUUGGUGGGCACCGGCGCGCUCGGGCUGCUGCUGCUCGUCCUGCUGGGCUACGGCUGGGCCGCGGCUUGCGCCGGCGCCCGCAAGAAACGCAGGAGCCCGCCCCGCAAGCGGGAGGAGGCGGCCGCCGCGCCGGCCCCGGCCGCGGAUGACCCGGCCCAACUGAAGAAUCUCAGGAACGAGGAGCAGAAGAAGAAGAACCGGAAGAAGCUUCCUGAAAAACCCAAACCAAAUGGACGGACUGUUGAAGUGGCUGAAGAGGAACCUGUUCGAACAACUCGAAGUAUAGCAGCAAAACAACCACCAGAGACAGAUAAGAAAAAUGAAAAGUCAAAGAAAAAUAAGAAGAAAACAAAAUCAGAUGCUAAAGCAGUACAAAACAGUUCACGCCAUGAUGGAAAGGAAGUUGAUGAAGGAGCCUGGGAAACUAAAAUUAGUCACAGAGAGAAACGACAACAGCGUAAACGUGAUAAGGUGCUGACUGAUUCUGGUUCAUUGGAUUCAACUAUCCCUGGGAUAGAAAAUACCAUCACAGUUACCACCGAGCAACUUACAACUGCAUCAUUUCCUGUUGGUUCCAAGAAGAAUAAAGGUGAUUCUCAUCUAAAUGUUCAAGUUAGCAACUUUAAGUCUGGAAAAGGAGAUUCUACAAUUCAGGUUUCUUCAGGAUUGAAUGAAAACCUUACUGUCGAUGGAGGAAGUUGGAAUGAAAAGCCUGUAAAACUCUCCUCACACAUCAGUGCAGGUGAGGAGAAGUGGAAUUCUGUUCCACCAGCUUCUGUAGGCAAGAGAAAAACGGAGCCACCUGCUUGGACUCAAGAUACUGGUGAUACUAAUGCAAAUGGAAAAGACUGGGGAAGGAAUUGGAGUGACCGUUCAAUAUUUUCUGGCAUUGGGUCUACUGCUGAGCCAGUUUCUCAGUCUUCCACUUCUGAUUAUCAGUGGGAUGUUAACCGUAAUCAACCCUAUAUCGAUGAUGAAUGGUCUGGGUUAAAUGGUCUAUCUUCAGCUGACCCCAGCUCUGAUUGGAAUGCACCAGCAGAAGAGUGGGGAAAUUGGGUUGAUGAAGAAAGAGCUUCACUUCUAAAGUCCCAAGAACCCAUUGCUAAUGAUAAAAAGGUUUCAGAUGAUGAUAAAGAAAAGGGAGAGGGAGCUCUUCCAACUGGAAAAUCUAAAAAGAAAAAAAAGAAAAAGAAGAAGCAAGGUGAAGAUAACUCUGUUGCACAGGACACAGAAGAAAUAGAAAAAGAGAUUAGAGAAGAGCUUCCAGUGAAUACCUCUAAAGCCCGUCCAAAACAGGAAAAAGCAUUUCCCUCGAAGACCAUAAGCACUAGUGAUCCAGCUGAAGUACUUGUCAAAAAUAGCCAGCCUAUCAAGACUCUUCCACCUGCUGUUUCUACCGAGCCAUCUGUUAGCUUAUCAAAAAAUGAUUCUGACAAGAGUUCUUCCCAAGUGCCACCGAUGCUACCAGAGACAGAUAAAUCAAAGUCAAAUACCAAGCAAAAUAGUGUGCCUCCUUCACAGACCAAGUCUGAAACUAACUGGGAAUCUCCUAAACAAAUAAAAAAGAAGAAAAAAGCCAGACGGGAAACGUGAAUAUUUUUAUUUCCUGAAUUGGACACGUGUUUGCAAACACUGUCUUGAAGAUUAUGCUGUUUAUGCAAUAAUUUGUGAACAUGUACAGAGUUUUAUAUAAAUUUAAACCAAUUUUUAAAACAAAACUGUGAACACAAACACCAUAAAAAUGGAAUCAAAGGAAAGUUAAUUUGUGAAAUUAAGAGGUCAGCAGAACAUACUACAGUGCUGGAAGACACUUGGGAAAGUCUUUUCAAUUGGAUGAGAGUGAUCUUAAUUUAAGAAUAUUAUCCUGGUUUUACAACAGUGCCCUGUUUACAACAGAUUGUGCCCUAUCUCAUCUGCAGCUGAAGAAUAAUGGAUUCUGAUUAGAGAGGGCUGCCUAUAAAUUUGUGGGCAGCUCCUUGGAUCUUAUGCACGAACUUGUACCAUUUGAAUCUGUUUUAUGCUUAAAUCAAAGUGCUUUGAUCAAAUGCUUAAUCUGCCAUAUCUUUGCAUAUUUGUUGGUAGCAAUUUGUAUCAAGGAAUCACAAGUGCAAAUAAAAAGUCACUUAUCAUUUAACUAAACUGUCAUGGUUUAGUUUACAAUUUUUAAAAAGUUCUUAAUUAAAACAUUGAAAAUGCAAUUGACACUUGUAUGGCUUAUGAAGUUAUUUUUGAUAGUCUUACAUUACUUGAAUUGUUCAAAAUACGGUAUAUUUUAAAUUAAGAAAGGUAAACUAUAUGUAUUUGUUUUAUACAUUUAAAGCUCAGACUAACAAAUAAUGUUCUUGUUUAUGAUUUGAAAUUCUUCAGACAAAAUCCAACUUGGUGUUUUUCCUUUCCCUAGCAAUUACUUUUUUCCAAUAACAACCCUUAUUAGUUGCUGAUUUUUUUUUUUUACUUAAAAUUGUUCACAAACUUGAGUAUAUGAUGGAGAAUGAAAACCUAGAGUCAGACAGCUUUAAUUGACAUUGUCAAGACCUCCAGUUAUCAGGAAUACAUUUUUUUACUGCCUUAACCUGUAGUAUGUAGAAUAUGCAUCAAUUUCUUGAAGAAGAUUCAUGUUUUUAUAAGAAUUUUCAUGUAAUUACUGCAAUUGUGGUCAAAUAAGGAACAUUUUCUGCUUGAAAGUGUAUUGAUUUAAAUAAUGUGUGAGAUGUUUCACCAUUUUCAGGCACUGUGUAAUUCUAUUGUAAUAAACUGGCAGGUAUCUUUGUAAUUAUAAAUAGUGCAUGCUUGGCCAUGUACACUGUAAAUAGCCUUUACCAAACGUGUUUGACAAGGACCAUAAUUAACAUCACUUAGUGAAUUGUGAUAAAGAAAAAGCCAUGAUUUAUUUGAUGUGAUUGGCUUAAUUGUUUUUAUGUGGCAACAAGAACAAAAUUGUUUAACAGCUGUAACCAAUGGUACUGAUAUAUCCAUCCAAUGUCUUUAUUAUAUAUGGUUGUGGUUUAAUAGUAUUCCAUUGUCAGACUAGGAAAGCGAAAGAAACAAAAUGAUUUUAGUUGUGCAGAAGACUGGCCUUUAUUAAUGGACAGCUUUCCUCAUAAGCAAUUAUUAACUUUAAGGUGUUAACAUCUGUUUCAGGAACAUGGCAGUCUGUUUACAUGUCAUAAGUUUUGUUUAAUUUUAUGGUAUUUCUAAAUUGAUUUGUUUAAAUAAAUUCAACAAAUGGA